CGAACUGCAAUUCCAGCCAUUGGCCCUCCUCGAACUACUACCUCAAAGCUAUCUCCUCCCUCGGCGUAUAGCUACUACUCCUACAUCGCCAUCAUGUCUACGGAAAUGGAAGUCGACCCUCCGGUGGUGCAACAAGAGGAAGAAGAAGAAGAAGCUCCCGCGCAGUCCAGCAACGGUAGCCACGAUCCGAGAACACAGGCGGGAGCCGUCGCAGUACGCAGCAUCGAGGGAUGGAUUGUCAUCGUGACCAACAUCCAUGAAGAGGCCUCUGAGGAGGACGUCACGGACUUGUUCGCCGAAUAUGGAGAGAUCAAGAACUUCAGCCUGAACCUGGACCGCCGGACCGGUUACGUCAAGGGAUAUGCCUUGAUCGAGUACUCCACCCUCCCCGAAGCCUCGGACGCCAUCAAAGCCUUGAACGGCUCCAAACUACUGGACCAGACCAUCUCCGUCGAUUUCGCAUUCGUUAGACCGCCUCCCUCGAAUAAAGGAAAGGGCGGAGGACAGAGAGGUGGACGUGGCGGCGGCCGAAACCGCAGCAGAAGCCGCGAGAGGAGCCGCAGUCCUGGAGCCGAUGAUGCACGGGACUAAGCCCGCCGUGAUGUUUUGUUUGUUGGGAGAGCGUCUUCUUUUCAAUUCAUCUCACAGGCUGUGGAUGCGCCAGAAACUUGGCCUUUUGUUUGCUCCAGACCUCCGCCAGCAUUUGGGGUCCUGCUAUUUUGCGCUCGCACUACAAUAAGAAUCGCAUUGGCUACUUAGGGUUGUCCAGAUAAUUCAUGCUGUGAGCUGGAAGUCCGGGUUGCUGGCUCCACCAAAUCGGCUUUAGGGGGAGGGGUGGGGGAAGCAGAACAAAGCCGGCAUUGUCUCCUGGGAGGUCCAUAUUAUGCUCGUCGCCUGACGGGGGGGCGGGAAAGCUUCAAAGGAGGAUGGUGCCGGCGUCAUGAGGUUUCAGUGAUAUGGUAUGUGCUACUGGUCUCUCUCAACUGUUCCGCCUAUCUCUUCAUGGCCGUCAUCUAAUGUUGCAGUAGGAACAUCCAACCUGAAUGACUGAUGUCACAGAGCUAGAUAUCCCG